ACGAACGUACAGCGACCAACUGAGUCGUAAACAUGCAACAUGGCGACAGCAGCAAUGACAGUACGCGGUGUUGCUUUUAUUCGGAACAUGUCUGCGUCGUUUCACUGCAGGUUCCAGGCUCUGAUUGGUCGCUGUCCUCAGCAGCUGUCGUGUCUCCACACCAGUGCCUUGCUGGAGUCAAAGACCUGGGAGAGGAGGAACCUGAAGGUGUUUCCUCCUCAGAAACCAGAUGAAGCUCUAAGACCAGCCGAGAUUCAUCUGAGCCGGAGGCAGAUUAAAUACAGCAAAGACAAGAUGUGGUAUCUGGCAAAGAUGAUUCGAGGGCUGAGCAUCGACCAGGCCGUCGCUCAGCUGGAGUUCAAUGACAAGAAAGGAGCAAAGAUCAUGAAGGAGGUUCUUCUUGAAGCUCAGGACAAGGCCGUCAAACAUCACCACGUGGAGUUCAAGUCCAACCUGUACGUAGCGGAGUCUUUCUCCGGUAAAGGUCGGUACCUGAAGCGUCUCCGUUACCAUGGUCGCGGGAUGUGUGGUGUCAUGGACAAAGUUUACUGUCACUACUUUGUGAAGCUGGUGGAAGGUCCGCCCCCGAGGACAGAGGAGAGGACUGGUCUGGACGAGGCGAGAGACUACGUCCAGAAGCUGCGUGACAGAACCAUCAUCCACAGUCUGUAGAUGAGCUGUGUGUAUGUGUAAAUAAAUGUAUGUCAUGAGACUUUAAUCUAUCUCUUCUGUCCAUGUCGACAUGACUUUAACAACAACAGAGACGUGAAAUAAAAAAAAUGAAGAAAAUCA